AUGUAUACGAAGACCCUCACUGUCCUUCUUGGAGGCCUGUCUCUGGCCUUAGCCCAGACUUCGUCGGAGCAGACCCCGUCGGCACCUGAGAUUGCAGCUGCCCGGGCUACCGUCAUGCCGUAUUCCCCUGUCAGCAAUGUCCAGGGGAAGUCUUUUCAGCGCUUCGUGAACAUCUGGCUUGAAAAUACUGACUACGACGUUGCCGCCAGCGAGAAGCAUCUGGCCCGGCUCGCAAAGAAGGGCCUCACCCUCACCAACUUUUGGGCCGUCACUCAUCCCUCCGAGCCAAACUACUGCGCUUCCCAAGGAGGCGAUACAUUCGGUAUGGAUAAUGACGACUUCAACCAGAUUCCGGCCAAUAUCUCCACCAUUGCGGAUAUGUUCGACACUAAGAACAUCUCCUGGGGCGAGUACCAAGAACACAUGCCCUACCCCGGCUACCAGGGCUUCCGUUAUCCCACUUCGGGAGACAACGACUACGUUCGUAAGCACAAUCCCGCUAUCCUCUACGACUCAAUAACAGAGGACCCCACGCGCCUGCGCCAAAUCAAGAACUUCACCUCGUUCUACGAGGACCUUAAGACCCACCGUCUGCCUCAGUACAGUUUCAUCACACCGAACAUGACGAACGAUGGACACGACACGGACAUCUCUUUCUCCGGUAGGUGGACGUGGGAGUUCCUGAUUGACCUGCUGGACAACGAGUACUUCACCAACGACACGCUGAUCCUCUUAACUUUCGACGAGAACGACACCUACGAGCUAGGCAAUAAGAUUUUCUCUUUCCUGCUUGGUGGUGCUGUCCCUAAGGACCUCAUCGGGAAGGAAGACGACACCUUCUACACUCACUACAGUAUCAUCUCGUCUUUGUCUGCCAACUUCGGCCUUCCCAGUUUAGGCCGCUGGGACUGCGGCGCAAACCUGCUUUCUUUCCUUGCUGAGAAGGUCGGGUACACGAACUAUGAAGUCGAUACGAGCAACCUGUACCUGAAUGUUUCGUAUAACGGACCCAUGGCUGCGGGUGAAUACUCUCAGAAGACCUACGAGUGGCCGAUUCCUGCGACCGAGGGUCAGUGUUCCGGUGGUUAUGGGAUCCUGGACGUGGUCAGGAAGACCUACGCCGGGUUGACCGCUACGCAUGACUACACCAGUCCCGUGCCUUUUGAUGUGAAGACCGGUAACAGUGUGGGCAUCGAGUACAGUCGCACACUUAAGGGUGGGAGGCACGAGAGGUAUGUCACAGGGUUCGGGAAGACGAACGAGACCAGUGGCGCACGCAAGUCCUCGUAA